GUUGAACCCUAAAUGGUAAUUGCAUAUGGCUUAAGCAUUAAAUACCUCCCAUGCUGGGUUGUAUUGUAUCUCAAAAUCCAAACAAACUCAACUUUGGACCCUAAAAUGAGGCUGAGCCCAACACAAUGGCAGCCCAACCCAAAGUACAGCCAUAGUCCAGUGCAAAGUAGGGGUUUAGGAGUGCCCAAAACCCAAAAGAAAAAAUGUCAGCAUUCACCAACCAGAAUUUGAAGAUAAGGUCAUAACAGCAAACAUCCCAACUCAGUCUAUUACUUCAUUGUUGGGAGAGAGAGAGAGAGAGAUGGGAAAAGCAAUAGGUGGGUAUGUGGUAUCUGCAAGAGAGAUAAACCCGGUUCCCAGUACAGCACCAGCAGCUAAGCUUCUCAACCUUCUCAACUUCAGUGCUGCUUCAAAAACAGGAAAUGGUUUCCCACUGGAAAGCUUAAAGUAUUCAAACAGAAGAAGCCGGGCAUGGGGCUCUGGGACUGCCACAAAAUUCAGCACAUGCUACUUCCUGGGAAUUAAUGUUACUCCAAGCACUGGACUCACACCACCACAUGCAAACAUUGCAGAGGAUGCUUAUGGCUCUGGUUUCAUGCAUAGUUUAGAUUUAGCAGAGUUGGAAUUGGACCCUGCAACAGCAAAGCUAGCAAUCGGAUUUCUAGGACCUUUUCUCUCAGCAUUCGCCUUCCUCUUCGUUAUCAGAAUAGUAAUGUCCUGGUACCCAAAACUUCCAGUGGGAAAGUUCCCUUAUGUGAUCGCUUAUGCUCCCACUGAACCACUUCUCGUCCCAACCAGAAAGCUCAUCCCACCGCUAGGCGGUGUGGAUGUAACGCCUGUGGUGUGGUUUGGAUUGCUCAGUUUCCUCAAUGAAAUACUGGUCGGCCCACAAGGCCUUCUUGUCCUCAUCUCUCAGCAGGUUUAGCUGAGAGGCUCACCCUUACCCAACUUUAUUAUUUCACGCUUCCCGAUACUCCAUCCAUUCCAGCAUGUUCCGAGUUUUCAGUUCCUAUUACUUGCAUUCCAAUUUUCAGUAA